AUGGAGUGGGCCACAGUACAGCAUUUGGAUCUCAGGCAUGUGGAUCGGAGCUCCAAACUCUUUCAGCCUCACGCUGCAACAUUCCACCCGACGCAAGCUCUUGUUUCCGUCGCUAUUGGGACCCACAUCAUUGAAUUAGAUGCAUAUACUGGAUGCAAGAUCGCGUCGCUGGACAUAGGUUCGCCAGUCGUUCGCAUGGCUUAUAGCCCUACUGUUGGCCAUUCAGUGAUAGCCAUACUCGAGGAUUGUACAAUACGAUCUUGUGAUUUUGACAGCGAACAAACAUGUGUUUUGCAUUCACCUGAAAAGAGGAUGGAACAAAUUUCUACUGACACUGAAGUUCAUCUCGCCUUGACUCCUCUUCAACCUGUUGUGUUUUUCGGUUUUCAUAAGAAGAUGAGUGUGACAGUUGUUGGGACUGUGGAAGGUGGGAAAGCGCCGACAAAAAUUAAGACCGACCUGAAGAAACCCAUUGUCAAUCUUGCUUGCCAUCCUCGCCUUCCGGCUUUGUAUGUGGCUUAUCAAGAUGGUUUAAUUCGAGCUUACAAUAUCCAUACGUAUGCUGUGAACUACACACUACAACUUGAUAACACGAUUAAGCUGCUCGGUGCUGGUGCAUUUGCAUUUCAUCCUAUGUUGGAAUGGAUCUUUGUUGGUGAUAGACGGGGUACACUUCUUGCAUGGGAUGUUUCCACCGAGAGACCUUUAAUGAUUGGAAUUACACAGGUAGGUUCUCAACCAAUAAUUUCCGUUGCUUGGCUCCCAAUGUUGCGGUUACUUGUCACUUUGUCCAAAGAUGGAAGUAUUCAAGUAUGGAAAACGCGAGUAACAGUGAAUCCUAAUAGACCUCCAAUGCAAGCAAACUUUUUUGAGCCUGCUGCAAUUGAAUCCAUUGACAUCCCUCGCAUUCUUUCUCAGCAAGGGGGAGAAGCAGUUUAUCCACUUCCCCGAAUUAAGGCUUUAGAAGUACACCGAAAGUUGAAUCUAGCAGCAUUACUCUUUGCAAGCAUGAGUGGUGGAGACAAUCGGAAGAAUAGAGCUGCAUACACUAGAGAGGGACGGAAACAACUCUUUGCUGUUCUGCAAAGUGCAAGGGGUUCUUCAGCAUCUGUAUUGAAGGAAAAACUCUCAUCCCUUGGUUCGUCUGGCAUAUUAGCUGAUCACCAACUUCAGGCACAACUUCAAGAGCAUCAUUUGAAAGGCCAAAGUCAGCUUACAAUCUCAGACAUAGCAAGGAAGGCUUUUCUUUACAGUCAUUUCAUGGAAGGUCAUACAAAAACUGCUCCAAUAUCUCGGUUACCUCUAAUUACAAUUUUGGAUACAAAGCAUCAUCAAAUUAGUUGCUUCUUCAGUAUUCCUGGAAAUGUGGAAUUCCAUCCAAAGUACAUUGUCUACAGCAAAAAGCAGCACCUGUUUCUUGUUGUUUAUGAAUCCAUUGGUGCCACAAAUGAAAUAGUAAUGUAUUGGGAAAACAUGGAUUCUCAGUUGGCUAAUAGUAAAGCAACAACAGUUAAAGGUUCAGAUGCUGCCUUUGUUGGUCCUAACGAAAAUCAUUUUGCCAUUCUUGACGAAGAUAAGACUGGACUUUCUUUGUAUAUUUUGCCGGGAGCAGCUUCACAAGAAUCUCUUGGAAAGAAUGGAACCAUUGAGGAAAAUCAGUCAGUAGAUACUGAUGUUGCUUCUGUUAAGGGUCCAAUGCAAUUUAUGCUUGAAAGUGAAGUUGAUCGCAUCUUUUCGACUCCACUAGAGUCAACUUUGAUGUUUGCUUCUCAUGGGGACCAGAUUGGGUUGGCAAAACUUGUCCAAGGAUACCGCCUAUCAACUUCUGAUGGACAUUAUAUAUCUACAAAAGGUGAAGGUAGAAAAUCCAUCAAAUUGAAGCCAAGUGAGAUAGUGCUUCAGGUACAUUGGCAAGAAACGCUCAGGGGCUUUGUUGCUGGUAUAUUAACUACGCAAAGGGUGUUAAUUGUUUCGGCAGAUUUAGAUAUACUGGCCAACAGUUCUACUAAGUUUGAUAGAGGACUGCCUUCAUUUAGAUCCCUUCUGUGGAUUGGGCCUGCACUUCUCUUCUCUACUACCAGUGCUGUAUGUGUGCUUGGCUGGGAUGGAAAAGUGAGGACCAUAGUCUCUAUUAGUAUGCCUAAUGCAGUGUUGGUUGGAGCUUUGAAUGAUCGUCUGCUGCUUGCAAACCCAACAGAUAUAAAUCCCAGACAGAAGAAGAAAACUGAGAUCAAGAGUUGCCUUGUUGGGCUUCUCGAACCUCUUCUUAUUGGAUUUGCAACAAUGCAACAACAUUUUGAGCAGAAGCUUGACCUGCCAGAGAUCCUAUACCAAAUUACAUCGAGGUUUGACAGCCUACGUAUUACUCCAAGAUCACUUGAUAUUCUUUCCAGAGGUUCUCCAGUUUGUGGUGACCUUGCCGUGUCAUUGUCUCAAUCAGGACCCCAAUUCACUCAGGUGUUGCGAGGAAUCUAUGCAAUCAAAGCACUUCGUUUUUCUACUGCAUUGUCUGCAUUAAAAGACGAGUUUUUGCGUUCAAGAGACUAUCCACGAUGUCCCCCAACCUCACAUUUGUUCCACCGGUUCCGCCAGUUGGGAUAUGCAUGUAUCAAAUAUGGUCAGUUUGACAGUGCAAAAGAAACUUUUGAAGUUGUAGCAGAUUAUGAAAGCAUGCUUGAUCUUUUUAUAUGCCACCUUAAUCCUAGUGCAAUGCGGCGUCUUGCUCAGAAGUUGGAAGAAGAGGGUGCUGAUUCAGACUUGAGGCGAUUCUGUGAGAGGAUUUUAAGAGUACGCUCUACUGGGUGGACCCAAGGCAUAUUUGCAAACUUUGCUGCUGAAAGUAUGGUUCCUAAAGGAUCUGAAUGGGGCGGUGGGAACUGGGAAAUCAAGACACCCAUCAACCUGAAGAGCAUACCUCAGUGGGAACUGGCUGCAGAGGUGAUGCCUUACAUGAGAACUGAUGAUGGAACAAUCCCAUCCAUUGUUACUGAUCACAUUGGUGUUUAUUUGGGUUUAAUCAAAGGAAGAGGUAACGUUGUUGAAGUGAGAGAAGAUAGUUUAGUGAAAGCGUUUAAAGCUGAUGGUGGUGGUGUCAAGGCAAAUGGACUUCAGGCAUUUGUUGCUACAACUGCAUCAAACAAGCCUAAAGGGGCACCUGAUGGUGAAUCUAAAGGUGAUUCCUUGAUGGGUCUAGAAACUCUUUCCCAACAAUUUUCCAGUUCCAGUGCUGUAGAUGCUCAGGCAAAAGCUGAGGAAGAAUAUAAGAAAUCACUAUAUGGUGCUGCUGCCGAUGGGAGCAGCAGCGAUGAGGAAGGAACUUCAAAAACCAGAAGAUUACACAUUAGAAUUCGAGACAAACCAGUAGCAUCUUCUACAGUGGAUCUAAAUAAAAUUAAAGAAGCCACGAAGCAGUUGGGCCUUCCAAUGAGUAGGACCAAGUCAUUAACUAGUUCAUCCCCAGAUCUAGGCCUAAUUGUACCUCAACCUGCUCCUACAACCUCUGGAACUGUGACAGCUCCCGUUGUUCCUGUUUCUUCAGAUCCUUUUGGAACCAACUCAUUGGCUCAACCUGCAUCCACAUCACAGCCUGCUCCUACGGUAACGGGUGGUGGAGUUACAGCAGGUCCAAUCCCAGAGGACUUCUUCCAGGAUACUAUAUCAUCAAUUCAAGUUGCAGCAUCACUUCCUCCCCCUGGGACCAUCCUCUCAAGGCUAGGUCCAAAUUCUCAAGGAGCUGGAAGCAACAAUGUCCCAGCUAACCAGGUUAAUGUAGCUGCAGCUGAUACUAUACCCAGUGGUGGGAUACCCCGACAAACUGCGCAACAGCCAGUUACGUACGAGCCCGUUGGGCUUCCAGAUGGUGGAAUACCGCCCCAAUCCAUGCCUCAAUCUGCUGCUCUACCACAGCCUCAGAUUCAGAUGACUCCGCAGGUUCCCAUCUCUAGUCAGCCCCUUGAUCUCAGUGCUCUUGAACCUCCAGGAUCUGAAAUCUUAGGAAAAACUCCUGCACUUCCAGCUUCUCCAAAAGCUGUCCGUCCUGGGCAGGUUCCUCGUGGGGCUGCUGCUGCAUUUUGUUUCAAGACUGGACUUGCCCAUCUGGAGCAAAAUCAGCUUUCAGAUGCAUUAUCCUGUUUUGAUGAGGGCUUCCUAGCAUUAGCCAAGGAUCAAUCUCGUGGUGCAGACAUAAAGGCUCAAGCCACAAUUUGUGCCCAAUACAAGAUUGCUGUCACCCUUCUUCAGGAAAUAAACCGACUGCAGAAAGUUCAGGGUCCUAGCGCAAUUAGUGCAAAAGAGGAGAUGUCAAGAUUGUCACGCCAUUUGGGUUCAUUGCCUCUUCUUGCAAAGCACAGGAUAAAUUGUAUUCGAACUGCCAUCAAAAGGAACAUGGAUGUGCAGAAUUUUGCCUAUGCCAAGCAGAUGCUUGAACUACUACUCUCUAAAGCACCUCCCGGGAAGCAAGACGAGUUGAGAAGUCUGAUUGAUAUGUGUGUUCAGAGGGGCUUGUCCAACAAGUCUAUUGAUCCAUUAGAAGAUCCCUCCCAAUUCUGUGCAGCUACACUUAGCCGUUUAUCUACAAUUGGGUAUGAUGUUUCAUUAAAAGAUCAGAUGCAAUUGCUGGACCAGUCCCUUCGCCAUUUGGCUGAGGUCAAUAUACUAGCUACACUCCCCCGAAUUAAGGGGUGGAGCCGUGGAGUAUAG